AUGGACAACGCGGCGUCCAACGGCUUUCUGGACGUCGUGCGCUGGCUGCAUGAGCACCGACACGAAGGGUGCUCGGCUGCGGCACUCGAUGGCGCCAUCAACAACGGACACGCCGAGAUCGUUGCGUUUCUGCGACAGCACUAUCCGCAUCUCGAUGUGACGCCCGAUGCAAUGGACGAGGCGGCUGGUUCUGGUCGGCUCGAUGUCGUGCGCUACCUCCACGAAGAAUGCCACGCGCCUUGCACCACCAAGAGCUUGGAUGCUGCAGCGUACCACGGUCACCUUGACAUUGUCCAAUACAUUCAUUUGCACCGCACCGAAGGCUGCACGACGGAAGCGAUGGACGGCGCCGCCUGCAACGGCUACUUGGACGUCAUCAAGUUUCUCCACGCCCACCGGUCCGAAGGCUGCACCACGUUUGCGUUCGACACGGCCGCGCGCAACAACUACAUGGACAUCCUUCAGUUCUUAGCGGCGUCGCGCACUGAAGGCGGGACGACCAAGGGCAUGGACCGUGCUGCGCACCGAGGCCACUUUGAUAUCGUGCGCUUCCUCCACGACCACCGACCGGAAGGCUGCACGACGCGCGCCAUCGACUGGGCGGCGGCAGCGGGGCAUUUGCCGAUUGUCAAGUUCCUCAUGGAGCAUCGGCGCGAAGGCUUUACGUACCGGGGUAUGUUUUGGGCGGCCCGGGAAGGCAGCAAGUGCGGUCCAGCGAGCGCUCGACGACCGAAAUGA